AGUUUAUAGUUUUAGGGAUUAAAUUAAUUGGAUUUAAAGUUUGGGGGUUUUAAGUAAAAUUUAGUAGAAGUGGAAUGACCACAACUCAAUUAUCCCAAAUUUUCUUAACACAUGGCAUUGUCCCAACCAAUUUUUUUUUCUUGUCGGUGGAAGCUUGGAUAAGCCUCCAGAAGGCUCCCAAAAGCCCCAUUUUGUUUUCCUAUGCCUUCCUCUUCCACCUACAUCCUUUUCUUCCUCCUUUCUCCAACCAAGGUUAAGGUGCUUUUGUUAGAUCUAAGGGUCUUAGGACCCAAUUUUAUAGCUUAAACUUAUUACUUACUGGGCUGUUAGCUCAUAAACUUAUUUCAGAUCAGUAAAUCAAGGUAGCAGCCUCUUGGUUUAGGAGCUUUUGGCAUGGGACUUGCAUGCUCGUUGUAUGUACCAGCUAAGGCCUCGUGUUUUCGAUAGGGAGGCAGAUCGAUGUUUUACCAAAACCAUGACUCAGCUUUUGUUUUUGAAAAGCUUUGAAGAAGAAUUUGCCUCGUAUAAUUUUUGUGUAAAUUACCUUUAUUUCUUUGACCAUUAUUGAGGCAAAAGGAUGCCUAUUUAAUUCCACUCUUUUGAGAAGAUGGAAAUAAUAGACGUGACUAGUUUUCUUGUAAGUGUUUGUAGGAUACUCGUUAGAAUAAGACUAAGAUUUUUCCAAAUUUCAUUUUAUUUUGAUUGUGAUGUAAAAGUUUAGCCAACAUUGUUGAUAAAAAAAAAAGAGAGAAAGUUUUAAAAAGCUUUUUUUAAUAGAAGUUGUGCUUUAUGCUAUGCACCUUUUGAAGGCUUUUGGCUUCCACUAGUGGCAUCACUAACUAAAAUAUAUUUUCGUUAUGUAGACCCAACCAUUGAAGUUGUAUUGCACAUCCACAACCAGUAUUAGCAAUCUAGGACUAUUAUUGUGUUGAUGGGGUCAAUUUACUCCAAUGGAUUGUUAAAGAUGGAGUUGCAAAACAUAUCUUGGUUUGAUGGACACUAUUAUGUAUGUAAGAACUAAAUUGUAUUGACUUUAGUUUGUAGCUAUUUAAUCAAUCAUUCAUCAACAA